AGUAACUCUCUCUUAUGAACACUUUGUCACAGAACUGCUGUGAGCUUGGUGAAACAGAGAAAAGGAGGAGCAUUAGAGUUAUGUUUUUUUUUUUUUUAUCUUGGUGCUGCUGUAAUGAACAACAACCAGAGGGUGUAUCCACAGUAGCAUUACCUGUAUGAUAUUGUUUAAUUGGAGUUUGGUUAGUUUUUAAAUUCAAGUUCCUGUCCUUUUUCCAAUAUGUUUGGUAGAAUGACAGCUUCAGUCACUGAUCACUUCUAUGGAAGCCAUGAGAGUGACUGAAGCUGUCAGUCCCUAACAUUUCUGCCUGGCAUCUCCUUUCCUGUUCCACAGAAGAAAGAAAUGCAUUGGGGUUCGGCGAAACAUGAUGGUGAGUAAAUAACUGAACUUUCAUUUUUGGGACAACUCUUUCCUCUUUAAAUGGUCUCUGAAUCUGCUCACUGCACACCAUGUUCUAUUGUAUAUCAAUCUAAUAUUUACUGUAAUUUACGUGUUUAGGAUCCAUCGAGGAAUAUGCCAUCUUUAAGUAAUCUUUUGUAUUAUUAUUUUCAGGACGUUGGGGAUUUCGAAAACAUAUUAAUCUCUCGCAAGUUCUAAGACAUUGAUAAGAGAUUGGAUAUGACUGGCUCAAUGCGUAAAGGGUCAACAAGCAAGCUAUGUUCAGUUUGAGAAAAUUCUCACGGGAGCUUGUACCCUCGCGCUCGCUUUUCACACGUGUUAUGUUGAAACUUGUCUAUCGACCUGAAAUGGGACAUUGAUCUCAUAAUGUGUGAUUCUGACAAGCCAACCUUAAUACAUAGCCGUCGCAGACUGGUCUGGCCAAUUAAAAAAUUCUACACAAUCUGACGUCUUUCGUCAUAGUUACAUAUUCUGUGUCUCGCGGAGCAGUUAGAACAGACUGACUGAGUCAAGUUGUCAGCAUAGUUGUCUCGACAGUUCACUAUAUGCGGUCAGUGAUCAUUUCUGUUACUGGUUAGACAUGCCGUUGUAGAUGUUUUAGUGCCAGAGAUCGGUGAAUUGGAGACGCAUACAUGUCCACUUUUUCUUGUUGUUUUUCAGUUGAAGGAAUCCAUCUGAUAGGGUUAGACACCAAAUCAGGGCAAAUGUAAUCCUAUCAGAGCAUGCACGCGCGCUCUUAUAGUCGUCAAUUUGGCAUUUUAACGGCUUAUGCUUUGAAACUUUCAUGUGCAUUUCCUUAACGCUCUGUAAUACUUAGAAAAGUUGUAAGCAUAGUGAAGCUAGUAUUCUUUAGUGCUUUUAAGAAUUUUUUUAAAGUCAAGGGAGUCAAAAUUUGAAAAAAAAAUCUCAAGGAAUCCAAUGACGCGCGCGACGCAUUUUCAGCACCACGGACAGUUCCUAGCGCGCCCAGCGUCUCCGAGGCGCGCGCUCAACGCAAACUUCACCCGCUGAUUGAAUCUUGGAUUCCACUGCUGGAAUUCAGCUAUAUGUUUUAAAUGCAACAUUAGAGUAAUACGAAAUUGUCCGCAAGGAUACGAAGAGAAUAGAAGGACUUUUAACCGGAUGUCUUAGUAGAUCCGCCAGAAAUCUGUCGAUGAGAGGUGAACUGGACAGGUCAGAUUGUGAUCUUCACUAACUCCCCCAACAGGCGGAAGAUGGCGAUGGUACUUGAAUUUGCCUACUACUGCUUACAAGCGCACUGAAGUGUCUGAAGUCUUCCCUUUAGCACGCCUCGAGUCCAGUCCCUUUCCAACAAGUGAGACUGCUAAAUAGGGAUUGACCUGUAAAGUGUCCAGAUUUUUGAGCACCAUGACUCAGAGGUCAACUCAUUUUAGGGGUCACGGUCCCUCCUGGACGCUUCAUCUUACUCUACUGCUGCUUCUAUUGGCCAGGACACACCAAGCUUUGGCUAUCCCAGGUUACAACACUGACACCUCCAAGAAAGAGAUCAUAAUUGAGGGGGACCUGGUGAUUGGAGGCCUGUUUCCUGUUCAUCAAAAGGGGGAGGGGGCUCAGGACUGUGGCCGAAUCAAUGCACAGAGAGGGAUUCAGAGACUGGAGGCAAUGCUGCUAGCCCUGGACAAGAUCAAUCAAGAUGAUCAGAUUUUGCCCGGAGUAACGUUAGGUGCCCACAUUCUGGACACUUGCUCUAAAGACACGUACGCACUGGAACAGUCACUUGAAUUUGUGCGCGCUUCGCUUACGAAAGUGGACGAUAGUGAGUACACAUGCCCAGAUGGAUCCUACGCCAUCCAUGACGAUGUUCCACUCGCAAUCUCUGGAGUGAUUGGAGGCUCCUACAGUGAUGUAUCCAUACAGGUGGCCAAUCUCCUGCGUCUUUUCCAGAUUCCUCAGAUCAGUUAUGCCUCCACCAGUGCGAAACUGAGUGACAAAUCCCGUUAUGAUUACUUUGCCCGGACUGUACCUCCUGAUUUCUACCAAGCUAAAGCUAUAGCUGAGAUCCUGCGCUAUUUUAACUGGACUUACGUCUCCACGGUUGCCUCAGAGGGCGAUUACGGCGAGACGGGUAUCGACGCCUUUCAGCAAGAGGCCCGGGCCUUGCAAAUCUGCAUCGCUACGUCCGCCAAGGUCAGUCGCUCCAUGGACCCCCACGGUUUUGAAGGAGUAAUCAGAUCUCUGUUGCAGAAAUCCAAUGCUAAGGUAGUAAUCCUCUUCACCAGAAGUGAAGAUGCAAGAGAGCUCCUGGUUGCAGCAAAUCGCAUGAAUGUUUCCUUCAUCUGGGUGGCCAGCGAUGGUUGGGGGGCACAGGAGAGUGUGGUGAGAGGGAGUGAGAGUGUAGCAGAUGGAGCUUUUACCAUUGAGCUUGCAUCCUAUUCAAUCCCUGAAUUCGCAACAUACUUCACAAACCUCAAUCCUUAUAACAAUACACGUAACCCCUGGUUCAGAGAGUUCUGGGAAAAUAACUUUCAGUGCAGCCUGCAUGAUAUUACCUGUGGGAAAUAUUCUCUCCGGGAUGGCAAAUUCGAGCAGGAGUCCAAGAUCAUGUUUGUGGUGAAUGCUGUCUACGCGUUGGCUCAUGCCCUUCAUAACAUGAGACAAGCAGUGUGCGCCAACAAUACCAAACUCUGCAGUGCCAUGAAACCAGCCAAUGGAAAAAAGCUAUACAAGGACUACAUCCUGAAGACAAAAUUUGACGCUCCAUUUCGCCCAGCUGAUACAGAGAACAUUGUUCUCUUUGAUGCUUAUGGAGACAGUCUGGGCCGAUACAACAUCUUCCAUUAUCACAAAGAGAAUGACGAGUACGUCUAUAGGAAAGUGGGAUACUGGGCCCAGGAUUUAAGUCUCAACACAAGUCUGAUUCCUUGGGAAAGCCAAGUGGUGCCCACAUCUCAGUGCAGUGACCCAUGUAGAAAAAACGAAAUUAAGAGCAUGCAGCCUGGUGAUGUCUGCUGCUGGAUAUGCAUUCCCUGCCAGCCCUACCAAUACCUUCUGGAUGAAUUCACUUGUGCGGAUUGUAGCUUUGGACAGUGGCCUUUGGACAAUCUCACAGGGUGUUACAACUUACCUGAGGAGUACAUUCAUUGGGAGGAUGCUUGGGCUAUUGGGCCGGUCACUAUAGCUUGCCUUGGCAUGCUCUGCACACUGUUUGUCAUUGGCCUCUUCUUAAAGAACAAUGAGACACCGGUGGUGAAAGCUAGUGGACGUGAACUUUCCUACAUUCUUCUCAUAGGUGUCCUACUUUGCUAUUGCAUGACCUUCAUCUACAUCAGUAAACCAUCUGCAGUAGUGUGCACGUUACGGCGGCUUGGCCUGGGAACUUCCUUCGCUGUUUGCUACUCUGCGUUGCUGACCAAGACCAAUCGCAUCGCUCGGAUUUUCAACGGUGUUAAAGAUGGAGCUCAAAGGCCUAGAUUCAUCAGUCCAGCUUCACAGGUGGCUAUCUGUGCUGGUCUUAUUUCCUGUCAACUCCUGGUCGUGGUGAUCUGGCUUCUGGUUGAGGCUCCUGGGGUGAGAAAGGAGGUCAACCCUGAAAGAAGAGACGUGGUGACAUUGAAGUGCAACAGCAAGGACUCUAGCAUGCUGAUGUCUUUAAUCUACAACUGUGUCCUCAUCAUCCUCUGUACCUUUUACGCCUUUAAGACUCGAAAGUGCCCAGAGAACUUCAAUGAAGCCAAGUUCAUCGGCUUCACCAUGUAUACCACGUGCAUAAUCUGGCUGGCUUUCCAGCCAAUCUUCUAUGUUACUGCCAGUGACUAUAGGGUGCAGACCACCACCAUGUGCAUCUCUGUGAGUCUGAGCGGUUCAGUGGUGCUGGGCUGCCUCUUCGCUCCCAAGAUCCACAUCAUCCUCUUUCAGCCCCAGAAGAACGUCACCACGCUCAGAGUGGCCACCACUCGAUUCAGUGUGACCACUGGCCCUGGCUCCAGCUUCUCUCAAACCUCGGCCUCCAACAUUGUGCCUACAGUAUGUAAUGGCAGAGAGGUAGUGGACUCGACAACAUCCUCACUCUGAGAAACAGGAUUCCUGUUUGUUUGCCAAAAGCGGUAUACAGAUAAAUAUUAUCUUCACUAGUCAUGAAAUCAAGUGUUUGCUAAUGUUGAGGAGGCUAUUCAGAAUACAAAACUGCCUGUUAUGUUGUUCUCAACGUGCUGUGUUAGAUAAUAUCAGUGGGAUGCCAGUUUAAACUCUGUAUAUCUGUUCUUUUUAUAGAAACCAUAAUAAAGUAUUGUUUGAGAUAUGGAGUUAAAAUAUAGUAAAUCUGUUUAAAGUAUUAUAUACAAGAUGUUUUUAUUGUAGAUUUAUGGUGAUUCUGGUUUGUGCUUUCUUGUAAUUUAUGUAAAUAA